AUGCAUAAGAGCAUUUUAUCUCUACAAUUUCCCACUAUAGCUAGUAAACCUUUGAAUACUACUAUAGCCAGUGAACCUUCGACUAACACUUUAGAAAUUCAAACAGAUACUUCUAAGCCUUUCCAACUCGAAGUACUUGCAUUAAUUAUCUUUGAAAUCAAGAGAUUUCAAUUAUUCCCACUAGAAUUCCAAAACUCAAUCCUUGCAAAAUAUAUUAUGCAAACAGAAACUAAAUCACCUCUUACAUGCCUUUUGUGUAAUGUAAUCAUUGAGUUGACUAGAGAAGAGGCAGAUAAUGAGGAGCUUAUGACUUCGUUAGGAUUGGAUCAGGCAACAAGUCCAAUCGUAAUUGAGGAUGAUACUUCUGAAAAUAAUGAUGAUGAAAGGACACCAGAUGCAUCAAACUGCUCUGCCAAUGUACAAGAUAAUCUGAAGAAUACACCUAAUGAAAUAGCGAAAAUGAUUCCCAGGAUUCAGCUACAAAUGAUGGGAAUAAUAAUACUCCUCAAAAUUGGCCAUUGA